AGUUUUGGAAUGCCCGGUUUAUUUUUGGAACGGAAAGCUACUAUAUGAAACUGCCAAAAGCAAAGGCGCCAUAUUGCUUGCUUGUGUUUGGUUGCUGUUGCGGCGCGUGGUCAAUUAUAUCGUCUCUAAUUUAUAACCAUGUCUGAUAAUCAGGAACAAAAACCCGAUUCCGGCCCAGGAGACGCGAAUUCGGAAUACAUCAAACUCAAAGUAGUUGGAAAUGACAGCAAUGAAAUUCACUUUAGGGUAAAAAUGACUACUCAAAUGGGAAAAUUAAAGAAAUCCUACAGCGAUCGCGUGGGUGUUCCCAUGACAAGUCUCAGGUUUCUCUUUGAUGGCAAAAGAAUUAAUGAUGAUGAAACGCCAAAGCAGUUGGAGAUGGAAAAUGACGACGUCAUUGAAGUUUAUCAAGAGCAAACAGGUGGUUACUACUGAAUAGAAGUUUAAUGGAGGUGCCAUGCAAUUUGGUUUUCAUAUUUUUUUUACGAAAAAAAAGUGAAAGUGAACAAACGGACAAGAUUUAAAUCAUGUUCAUGUGUUAAACAAAAUCAUGUUGUAUAAUUUGACAUCGACGUAACAAUCUGGACGUGCUGGUUAACAUUCCCAUAAACAAUAAGGCAAGUUUAUCAAAUUGCUCAUCAGCAGAAACUGUGUCUAUUCUUUUUUUUUUAAUUUAAUUUAUUUUUCUUCGAUAAUAUCCAGUGUGUCAAGUAAUGUUUCUGUAUCAAAAUUUCCAAAAAAAAAGAAGAAAAUCAUUAUUUUCUUUUAUUAAAAAAGAUGUCGUUUAUUUUUAUAAAAAAAAUAGCACCAAGUUUGUUACGUUAAAAAAGAUUUUUCAAAUUUUUUUUCUAUAAUGCGUUGGCAAAAAAGCGAAUUUAUCAAAAAGAAAAUAAUUGGAAAUUAUCUCAAUAAAAAAUUAUAAGAUUCAUUUGUUCAAAUUUGAUUAAAUUUUUCUUGUAACUUUAAUUUAUUCAAAUUGGGCUUUUCGUUGAUAUUUUAUUUAGAUAUUUUCCGAAAAAUAUAUUUUUUUUUUGAUAAUCUUAAACAAAUUGUAUGAGAACACGAAUUUGCAACAAAAAAAACAAAUACUAGAUAUUCCAAAGGUGGAAUUGCAAACAUUUGCGGUUAGAGUUUUUCAUGGCCGACGGAUUUAAUUCCAACUGUAAGCUUUCAGUAAUUACAUUCUAGAUUAUAAUGUUUUUAGAAAUUAACAAAUUUUCCUCGUUCUUUUUAGUAUUCCAGUUAAUUUUUCUUUCUUCCUUUAUUGUUUAAUAUUCUACGUAAAAAAAAGAAGUCUUUGAAAAAAGAAAUAAAAUAAAACGUGCUGAGACGAAUAUUAUAUAUGUAAUAAAAAGGGUACGUUUUUUAUCCUACGCGUCGCAAACAUAAAAAAAAAAAUUAUGUAUUACCAUCUUGGAAUUUGUAUCAAUAGAUGAUCUUUUUCUUAUACCGAA